AGCACACUUCAUAGCAUAUCAUGACUUCAUGAGCAAGUGAGCUCAAAACUGAGACAACAAAACAAUGGCCGUCAGCCUCCACCACUGUUCUUUUCCACCCUCAACCUUCCUCAACCACCGCCAUCCCCACCGCUAUAUAACCUCUGUAUCUAUCUUUAAAAAGCUCACCAAUCAUCACACCCAUCUCUCAGCUACUUCACCCCACAACCAAAAUCAAAAUCCCCCUUCAAUUUUUCUCCCUUUUCUCCAAGAACAAGAAGAUGAGCCCCGAAAAGAUGAAAUUAUCACAGACCCAAUUCACAAAUUCUUCAAAUUUCAAACUUCUUCACAACACCCAGACCCUCCUCAAGAAGGCAAAUUCACUCUCCAAAAAAACCGCCGUUCUUCUUGGCAUCUUGCUCCAAACGUACCCGGUUCGGAUAUCCAAGAACCCGGGUCCGGACCCGAAUCAGAACUCGACCCAGUUCCCGUAACAGGAUCAGGAACAGAACCCAGAAGGGAAUUUGAAGAAAGCUGUGGCUUUAUAGUUAAUGAAGUUCUUGAACUUGCUAGGAAUUUGCCUGAAAAUGUGACUUUAGGUGAGGUUUUGGGAGAGUUUGAAGGGAAAUUAAGUGAAAGAGAUUGUGUUGAGGUGUUGGGAUUAAUGGGUCAUGAAGAUGGAUUGAUAAUGUGUUGUUUGUAUUUUUUCGAGUGGAUGAGUUUACAAGAGCCUUCUUUGGUUACUCCAUGGGCUUAUUCGACUUUGUUUCCGGUGUUGGGGAGAGCUAAGAUGGGUGAUAAGGUGUUGAUUUUGUUUGAUAAUUUGCCUAAUUCCGUCGAGUUUAAGCAAGUUCAUGUGUUUAAUUCCGCCAUUUCAGCUCUUUCGGAUUGCGGGAGAUAUGACGAGGCUUGGGAACUGUUUGAGAUAAUGGAUAGACACAAUAUUGAACCAGAUCAUGUAACAUGUUCCAUAAUGAUCACAAUUAUGAGGAGAAAAGGCAAUAGUGCAAAAGACGCCUGGGAGUUUUUUGAAAUUUUGAACAUGAGAGGACUCAAAUGGAGUUUAGAAGUCAUGGGUGCUCUUAUUAAGUCAUUUUGUGAUGAGGGUUUGAAGAAAGAAGCACUCAUUAUCCAAUUAGAAAUGGAGAAAAAAGGGGUUGCUUCUAAUGCAAUUAUCUACAACACAAUUAUAAAUGCUUAUAGCAAAUCAGAUCAAAUUGAAGAAGCUGAAGGUCUCUUUGCUGAAAUGAAAGCAAAAGGAAUAAUGCCUACAACUGCAUCUUACAACAUUCUAAUGGAUGCAUACAGUCGAAGAAUGCAACCAGAAGUAAUCGAAAAACUUAUGCAAGAAAUGGAAGAAACAGGAUUACAGCCAGAUGUUAAGUCAUUUACUUGUUUAAUUAGUGCUUAUGGGCGCCAAAAGAAGAUGAGUGAUAUGGCUGCUGAUGCAUUCUUGAAAAUGAGAAAAUUUGGUAUAAAACCGACUUCUCAUUCUUAUACAGCUCUUAUACACGCUUAUUCAAUUAGCGGGUGGCACGAAAAAGCUGAUUUGACAUUUCAAAACAUGUUACGGGAAGGGGUAAAGCCGUCAAUAGAAACCUACACGGCUCUACUCGAUGCAUUCAGACGAGCGGGUGACACUGAAUCAUUAAUGAGAAUAUGGAAAAUGAUGAUUAGUGAUAAAGUGGAAGGAACCCGUGUGACAUUUAAUAUUCUUGUGGACGGGUUUGCUAAACAAGGCCAGUAUGGUGAAGCACGGGAUGUGAUAUGUGAAUUUGGGAAGAUUGGUUUGCAGCCAACUGUUAUGACAUAUAAUAUGCUAAUAAAUGCGUAUGCUCGUGGAGGGCAGGAGGGUAAAUUGCCACAACUGUUAAAAGAGAUGGCUGUGCUCAAAUUGAAACCUGACUCAGUUACUUAUUCUACAAUGAUUUAUGCUUAUGUUCGUGUUCGGGAUUUUAAGAGGGCGUUUUACUAUCAUAAACAGAUGGUGAAGAGUGGGCAAGUACCUGAUGCUAGAUCGUAUCACAAGUUAAGGUCGAUUUUGGAUGUGAAAGCUGCAACUAAGAAUAAGAAGGAUAAGAGUGCAAUUAUGGGUAUAAUCAGUAGUAAGUUGGGUUGGGUUAAAAUUAAGAAGAAAGCAAAGAAAGAUGAGUUUUGGAAGAACAAGAAAAAAUGGUCAGGUGCUUGUGGUUCAAAUUCAGUUGGAACCAGACAAUGAUCAGAAUUUGACCUUAGAAUAUUUUAAAAACGCAGCCCAACCUGCAGCGGUUUGGAUCAAUCACAAGUUAUGGAUUCCAUAAGCAACUUGAAAACCGCUGAUCUGAUUAUUAGACUGGUUCAAUGGUUCAUGGUUGUUUUUCUAAUUACACACUUGUAUUUUGUAAAUAAAUUGUUGUAUUAUUUUUUGGUGGCUAAUAUGAAUACUCCCAAGUUGUACUUA